UAUAAACGGAAGAAGAUCAUAUAGAUUUUACGGACAUGCAAAAUUAUCACAGUCAACAGAUGAAUAAUUAUGGCCGACUCCCUAACACAAGACAUAUCAAUGGCGCUGUAUCGGUAUCUGUGUGAGAAGGUAGUAGGAUCAGAAGAUCAUGUUAAAACAAUCAGAUAAAUGAACACUGUCAGGGACAAUUUGUUAUGCGACUACCGUGCAGCAGUGAUAACAAGUGGAAGCUUUGGGGAAGGACUCGAUAUGAAAGGUAGUGAUUUAGAUUUUAUGUUUGUUUGCAAAGGAAUCGAAGUUUAUGAAGAUGUACAACCAAAAUUGAGUACAAGAAUAACAUAUUUUUCAAUGGAAACAGACAAUGUCAAGCCUGGUUAUACUCAGUUACUCCUAAAACAUGCGUGUUGGCAGUUUGUGUUUGAUGCCUGUGAAAAAAUAAACGGUAAAUAUUAUUGUUCGAGUGCAUUAUAUAAAGAAAUGAUCGCGAAUGAUAAGCAAACGAAAAUUCAUGGACCGUGUUUAUCCGACGAUUAUGGGUGGUUUGACAAUGCUUUUUGUUUUCAUUGCAAAUCAUGGAUAUAAAUUGCAAAAAAGUGGAUAACAAGAUCGAAUAACUCAUGGCCCUGCUAUAAUGUCAAACAAAUGAUAAUAAAACACGGAGUUCUUUUAGUACCAAUCGGAGUUCAGGGAUCAUGUGCCCCAAAGGAAGAUAUAGAAUGGCGAAUAUCUUUUUCAGUUGGUGAAAAACUUUUGAUGAAUACAUUUAGACAUACCCAAUUAUUAUGUUAUGCUCUCUUUCAAGUUCUUAUGAAAGAUGUAAAAGCUUCUUUCUCCAAAUGUCAAGAUUUACUCUGUUCAUAUUUUCUGAAAACAAUAAUUUUUUGGGUGUCGGAGGAACUACCACAAUCCGUGUGGAAACCUUACAAUCUUAUACCAUGUUUCAUGCGUUGUUUUAGCAGACUGGUGUAUUGUGUUGAACACUCAGUUUGCCAGCAUUACUUUAUUCCAGAGAACAACAUGUUUGAAAACAAGAUAGAGGGACCUGUUUGUGAAAUACUUUUAGAGAAACUAUAUACCUUGCGUAGUUACGGUUGGCGAUGCAUCUUAUUUUCAGAUCAAGUAUCUAAUUUUCGUUUGUCCAAGUUUAACUCUUAUAUCGAACCACACACAUUCCAUGUAAAUGAAGUUGAAAAAAUACUUCAUUCUAAUUCAUUUACGUUUGCAAAUAGUUUUAUGUGUACAUUAGCAAUGAAGGGUGUGUUUUUAUUGAAAAGAGGAAUUCAGCAGAUUGUUUUAAGUGAAAAAUCUUCAAUAAAAUACUUCAUAUCGUACUUCAUGUCAAUGUUCUGCACGUCACUCGCCCAGACUUUACCACUAAACAGCACGAGCAGUAAUAAUAAAUACCAAUACAGGCAGUACAAAUCCUGUCUUACUUUAAUGCUACAGAAUAUUUAUCAUGACGCUGUAUCGGGAUGGCUGAUGUUAGCGUCGUGUUUUUAUAAGACAAAACAAUACGAUAAUGCUUUACACGUUAUUGUUUAUGCAAUAUCUAAAUGCAGUCCGGAAAAACUGUAUCGCCCCAUGGCUAUGGUUGAUAUUCAUCAUCAAUUGCUUAAAAUGAAAUCAUUGCAGAAGCAAAAUAUUGCUUAUCUGUGUAAAAUAUUGUUUGUAGACUUUUGAAUUUUGACGGGAAAUGCGAACUGAUACCUGAUGAACUGACAUCAGAAAUAAUUAAUGGAGCAUAUUUUUCUUAUUCUCGAGCAUAUGCUUAUUUCCUUAAGUGUUUAUGUCAUUAUCAUCUCAAUCAUGUCAGACAAUGUCAGGAUUCCCUCGAACAUCUAGAACGGGUUAUAGUUGAACACUUUUUCAUAGCAGAUUGUGCAGAAAAUGCUAUUUCGUAUAAUAUGUUUGGUAUUGCUUUACAAUUAUCAGGUGACACUGAAUUGGCACGACAAGCGUUCUUGCAAUCUGUUAAUAUUUUGCCAUUCCAUGAAUUCAAUCCAGCCUUUAAGAGACUUUUUCAAAACAAUUGAAUGUAAUAUAAUUGUAUUCAGUUGAACAACAGAUAUUAUUAUGUGAGAAAUUUUUUAUAUAUUUUUUUGUUUGUUAUAUAUAAUAUAUGAUAACUAAAACCAUAAGUAAAUCAGUAUCAACGACAAAAUUAUAUUUUAUAAAGAAUAAUGCAGUUAUCUACCUUUCAUCGCAUAAUGUAUGUCGGGUCGUAUAAAAAAAAUUACUUAAAUUUACUGUUAAUUAAAAUGAAAUUAAAGGUGAAUGUCGCCAAGAAAGUCCAUACCAAGAACACAAAUUCAAAUUUCACCAGAAGGAAAUUUCCACAUGCUAGUCCGAAGUCAAGUAAUUCGAUAUUGAAUGUCAUUGGUUUUGGGUUGGCGUUUUUUUUUUUCCAUUAAGGUAAUUUGAUCUUCAUAAAUAUUUUCUACAGUUCUUUUAAAUUUAUCAAUUUA